AUCAGGGGAACCACCACCAUACAGCAGUAUAUAUGUUUUAUCGGAUUUGAAACAGGGAAACGUGCAGAGAUCAGUAAGCGAAGAAUUCGCCAAAGGGGAUGUUGCUGCCAAAGGGACGUACCAGGCCCCAAACAAGAUGGAAAGACUUGCUCUUACAUUCUCCGCCUAUACAAACUUUAAGAAAAUCUUGACUGGAAAGCAUGCCCCGGGAUCCUUUCAAUGUCUCCAUGGGAUAAAAGUACUUAGCAUGGGAUGGCUCAUCUUUGCCAAUACACAUUUCUUCGGACUGGUGUUUGCGGAGAGUUGGACGACCAAGAAUCUAUUACCUGCACUGGAUAGGAUCAAAUUGUACACUUUCCAACCAAUUUUGAACGCCUAUCUAUCCGCCGAUUCCUACUUCAUGAUGGCUGGAAUGAUUCUGACAUACUCAUUCCUGCACUUCCUGAAUCGAAAGAGGGGAAAGUGGAACGCGAGGAAGAUAUUCACAACAGCAGUACAUUAUAUAUUUCAUCGCUGGUGGAGGCUGAGCAUGGUAUAUUGGUUCUUGAUGGCGUUUUAUAUCAACUUUCAACCAUACAGUUCAUUUGGACCCCUUAAUCCCCGCAUGGUCACUGACAGAACCAACUGUCUCACACGGUGGUGGAAGAAUAUUCUCUAUAUCAAUAAUAUUGUCAGGGACAGAGAGGGGUGUAUGCAGUACUCGUGGUUUAUGGCCUGUAUUAUGCAGUUUUAUUGUGUAUCUCCGCUGUUCUUGGUCCCACUUUUCUAUUUUCCCCUAGUUGGAGUUUCGUUGCUGGCUCUUUUAUUAGCAGGUAACCUCACAGCACUUGGGGUUCUAAAUAACCGACUAGAAACAACAUAUAGUGGAAAUAACACGAAUAAUAUAGCAGGAUACAAUGCAGAUUUCAACUUUGAUAUUAAUAUCAAGCCAUACACCCGUAUUGGUCCUUAUGUUGUUGGAAUGUUAAUAGGGUUUAUACUCUAUAGGUAUAAAUGCCAGUUCCCAAAAGUCAGAUUCCCAAAGACGUUGAACAUCAUCUGUUGGAUCCUUGCUAUUGUGUUAUGCAGCACUGUUGCAUAUGGCACAUAUAGCAAGAACAUGGAGAAUGGGACAGACUGGACGAAGACACAGACUGUGGCAUAUGAGACUUUGGUUCACCUGACAUGGUCCAUUGGUCUAGGUUGGAUCUGUUUCGCAUGCAUCACUGGUUAUGGGGGAGUAGCCAAUAGUAUACUCUCAUGGAAUGCAUUCUUACCUCUAAGUAGACUGUGCUAUGCUGUUCACCUGUUACACCCCAUAGCUAUCAGUGCGUUCAUAUACGACCAACGGGAUACUGUCAUUAUUACUGACGCAGAAUUACAAAUGUGGUGGUUGUCUCACGUGGGCUAUUCACUUGGUACAGGCUUUCUUACUGCAAUUCUGGUCGAAUGGCCCACCCGGGAACUAGAGAAGGAGAUCCCGCUUCAAUGGAGGGUCUGGCGAAAACCGGAUUCAGUCUCUUUGGACGAUAUGAAAAAGUCGUAAUUGAACAUUAUAUUUGUGAAUUCAUUUAUAUUGUACAUAGAAUCAUAUCUAAUUUGCAUAUAACCAACAAACUAUGACUGCAACUGUUAAUGACUUUGACUAUUUCAAAGUAGACAUCCUCGA